AUGGCACUUCUCGACAAACCGGACCUUCUCAGCUCGACGGAUUUCUUCCAGGAGACAGACAUGACGCAGCUUUGUUGCCAGGUCUUCAUGGGCUACAUCUUGCAGGACUUGUUCCUGUCCCUCUAUUUCGGGUCUGCCUGGCCCGGCUGGCAAACAAAUCUGCGACUUGUCCACGUGAAUUUCCGGAUCCAUCAUGUGCUGGUGCUGGUUGUUUGGUGGCAGCUCACAGCAGGCCGGUAUGCGCAAGGGCCGGCCACUGUUGCCAUGCUGUGUGAGUUUUCGACCCCUUUUGUGGCCAUGCGUUGGUUCCUGGACCGGGCCGGCAUGAAAUCGAGCAAGUUGUACAUCGUCAACGGAAUGACCAUGCUCGUCUCCUUCUUGAUUUUCCGUGUCAUCCUUUACAGCUACAUGCUCAUCCGCAUCUACCAUAUGCAGGAUGGGUUCUUGCGCAUUCCAGUCCUGAAUCGUUGCUUGUUCCUGCUGGGCUACUUCGGUGGAGCUGCUUUGCAGUAUUUCUGGUUCUUCAAGAUCGCUCGGGGGGCGUACAAGGCACUGACUUCCGGACCUCCUCACGACAAUGCUGUGGCCAGCACGCCGCAGAAGUCGUUGAGCCAACAUCGGCCACAGGCAAAGGAAGAUGCUAAGGCGUGCGCAAGCGACACAGCAUCUACAACAUCAAGUGAGCACAACUCCUCUGGAGAAAACGCAGAUGAAACAGGCCGGCAAUGUUUGGCUUUGUGUCGCUGGUGA